CACGAUGUUCGUCCCACCAUCAUGGUUCUUCGCUCUGUUCCUCCUCCCCUGCGUUCUGGCCAACACUGAGAUCGUCAACUUUAACUUCAAGGAAACGCAUAAUGCGACCGUACCUCCGAGCAAACCGUAUUGGCUGGACCCCACCAUCAGCGAACGAGUGCUCAGCAUAGUGCCUCUGCAGGAAUCAGGAAAUCUGAAUGAUCUGGAUGAGUUGAGCGUCGGCGACUCGGAGCUAUGGGUUGAGCUUCGCGUUGGCAGUGGACCUUGGUCCGCCUACGACCACUUCACAGUUCGUAUCUCUUCGCCGGCAUCUGUUCCCGCGGACUUCUACCUGGCUGUCUUCGACACCGAGUCACCUCGAACAAAGCUCGUGCGAGUGCGUGCGCGACAUAUCGGAGUGCCCGCUUCGUACGCCGUCGCAACAGACAUCGAACGCGCGCCGUUCGUCAUAACCAUGGAACCUCUACUGCUCGGAGUACUCCCGCAAUCUGUGCUACCCUUCCUCGGCGUUGCAGUAGUGACAAUCUUCGUCGCGCUUCGCUUCGUUUUGCCUUGGGUGACGCGACAGCUGGAUGAACCGUUUUACAACCUCCAGAAACUUGCGGGCAGCAGCGCAGAAGGGAUCACUGGCGACCACAAGCGGCAUGUAGAAUGAUUCAUCCAUGCUGGCACGUAUGCGUGUAACUUGCUCAGUUCCAAUUCAAAUAUCCGUCACUAAUGUUACAUUUGGAUAUGCGAGACCGUCCGUCUUUUCGAAAGUCCAUCUUGCGUAUGUCCGUAUCUAUUACGCUCGACUGACCAUAUCCUCGUCCUAAUUGCUCUCCGCCUUCGUAUACUUGGUGUUCGCGAUCCCAACACGGCCAUUCGUUGUAUCGUAGACCGAGUAGAAGCGCUGAAGCCAGCCGAAUCCGUCGAUGAAGUCCAAGCCCUGCCCACUCGGCGCACCCAUAUCGGCAAGGAUGAGGUAGAUCUGGCCCUCCUUCCCAC